AUGGAAGGUAGGCUCAUGGAUCGCAUAAUUCUCCAACUGGAUUUUGGCAGCAUUUCAGGAUUUCGGCAUCAUGCUCAGAACAUGAAAUUCAUGAGUCGCAGAGCUAUGUGGCAAACUUCAUGUACUAGAGAAAUCAUCCUAGCUUUUGCUGAAAUAGUCUUUUAUCUACUGCAGGCUAUAUUUAAGCCACCAAAAGCAAUUCGAGGAGGAAUCCCCAUUUGUUUCCCGCAGUUUGGAAACAGUGGAUCAUUGGAGCAACAUGGGUUUGCAAGGAACAAGAUUUGGACCAUUGAUGAUGAUCCUCCACCUCUUCAUCCUGCUAAGUACAUUGGCAAAUCUGCUAUAGACUUGCUACUGAAACCAUCUGAAGAGGAUCUGAAGUGCUGGCCCCACUGUUUUGAGUUCCGUCUUAGAGUGGCUCUUGCGUUAAAUGGAGAUCUCACCAUGAUAUUGCAGAUUAGGAACCUCGACAGCAAGCCAUUUAGUUUCUCCUUUGCUUUCCACACAUAUUUCUCUAUUUUUGUCAUCAGGAAUUUCAAUGGGAGCUAUUGCUGGAAUCUCUGUUGCAGCGGUUGCCAUUAUACUAUUUCUAGUUUUGUCUAUACAUUGGUGUGUCUAGAAGAAAGAAACUGAAGAAGGCAUCAUUGCUUCGACCACCCUUCGAAGAUAACUCUAUUCACCAUGGAUAAGGUAAAUCUCUUGGUUAGGCAUUAAUCUCUACAUUUUCCUUUUAGGAAUGCUCCAAGGUUCCACCGAGGCCAUGGCAAUCAGAAAGUGAUUCAUGUUAGGAAAGAUGAAUAAGGUGGUUUCUCGCUCCCAAGGUAUUCAAUAAC